GUUGGAGAGAACGGAGCUUGGACUCCUACCGGUGGAAUAUUGACACCGACCAAUAAAACGAGUCACAUGGUUUCUGACCUCUAUCCCUACACCGUCUAUAGCUUCAGGGUAACUGCAGUCAAUGAAAUGGGUCCAAGCGUCCCCGGAAAAGAGUCUUACUACAUGGUCACUCUUAGAGAAGUUCCAUCGGGAAAACCAACAAUCACAACGGCGCACAAUAUUUCAGCAACAGCUUUACAUAUUAGUUGGAGAGCACCGACAUUGGAUACCAUCCAUGGGGAAUUCCUUGGUUACAGGAUCACGUACAGGCCAAGAGAUCGAGGGGCGGACGACGUUCAAGAGAUUUACAUCCGAGAUUCGCACGUUGAGAGCCACACGAUUUUGGACCUGGAAACGUACACACAGUAUUUGGUAUCUCUGCAGGUAUUCAAUCCGGAGGGACUGGGCCCAAGCACAACUGUAUUAGUCAUGACGGAUGAGGGAGUUCCAAGUGAACCACUGAAUCUCACUGUACUGAACAUUACAUCGGAGAGCAUAUAUCUAGCAUGGAGUGAACCCGAGAAGAAGAAUGGUCCAAUCACUGGAUACCGCAUCUACUACAACUCAAGGAACAUAACAAGUGUUCAAUCGAUUACAUCCUUAGAUCCGAAUAGUAGUUUACAAUACAAUCUAACAGAUUUAAAACCAUACACAGAGUAUAUGAUCUUAGUUCAGGCAUCCACUGCGAAAAAUGAGGGUGUGCAAUCUAAAUCAGUUAUCAAUAAGACUGAUAUUGGUGGUCCCAGUGCCCCGAAGAUAUUGAAUCUGACUUGUGAGAAUUCUGAGACUAUAUAUGUGAAGUGGCAAAGACCAACUGUCUAUUAUAAUUCAUUAGAUUUAUAUAAUAUCUAUGUACAAGGAGGUUCAUAUACAGAUAAUAUUCAACUGACCACAUCCACAGAACACUUAGAUACUUCGUAUUCUAUAAGAAAUGUGUCUACGAAUACUCGAUAUAAAUUGAUGAUCAGCGCUUCGACACGCAGUAUAUACUCUGCUAAAUAUAUAGAGGGAAAGAUUUCGCUUCCAAAAUAUGUAAACAUUCAAUUUGAUUGCGACAAAAUACAACCUUAUGUGAGACAUACUCAUAGUCAGUUGAGUGCUGGGAUGAUAUCUGGAGUUGUCUGUGCAGUUGUUGCUUUUAUAUUUGCUAUUAUUUCAUUCAUUGUUUGGAGAAAGUGCUUUCAUGAUACAUACUACUACUUGGAUGACCCACCUUGCUCUGUGCCAACAGCUAGUUUAGAUUGGAAUGCAACACCAGAGACUGGCAGUGAACACAAAGGUGCUGUUCAAGUCCACAUGUUCAGCAAACAUGUUGCUGAGUUACAUGCCGAUGGAGAUAUAGGUUUCAGCAAAGAGUAUGAAGCUAUCCAAGCUGGAGCAAACAAUGAAGAACAUGCUUCAGUUAACUCCCAGAUGGUAGACAACAAAUGCAAAAAUCGAUACUUGAACAUCAUUGCUUAUGAUCAUAGUAGAGUGCAGUUACUUCAGAUGCCUGGACAGAAGAGGAGCGAUUACAUAAACGCAAAUUACAUUGAUGGAUUCCAAUGGUCGAAGGCGUACAUUGGCACCCAGGGACCGUUGCCAUCAACAUUCGACUGUUUCUGGAGGAUGGUGUGGGAACAACGCGUGAAUAUUAUUGUCAUGAUAACAAAUUUAGUUGAGAGAGGAAGGCGGAAAUGUGAUAUGUAUUGGCCAAAAGAAGGAACUGAAACCUACGGAGUUAUCCAAGUUAAGCUAGUCAAAGAGGAUGUCAUGUCGACGUACACUGUUCGCACCUUGCAAAUCAGGCAUUUAAGAAUUAAGAAGAAGAAAGCUACCAUGGCUGAGAAGCUGGUCUACCAGUACCAUUACACCAGUUGGCCUGAUCAUGGUACCCCUGAUCAUCCUCUACCAGUUCUUCACUUUGUUAAGAAGUCUUCUGCUGCUAAUCCACCAGAUGCCGGUCCAAUCAUCGUACAUUGCAGUGCUGGCGUUGGAAGAACCGGAACCUACAUUGUAAUUGAUGCAAUGCUUCGACAGAUUCGUAAAAGAAACGAAGUAAACAUAUUCGGCUUUCUCACUCACAUCCGUACACAACGCAAUUUCCUGGUGCAAACGGAAGAACAAUACAUUUUCAUACACGACGCUCUGCUCGAAGCUAUCGAAUCGGGAGAGACCAACAUUAGCAGAGAGCAGUUUCCGCGGUACGUAGCUAUAAUGCAAGAUGAGAGUUUGGAAGAUGGAAGUACACAAUGGAAAUCGUUGGACUACCAAUUCAAGAUGGCUACAAGCUUCCAAUGCAAGGAAUUCAAUCUGGUAUCUGCUAAUAAAGUGAUCAACCAACCAAAGAACCGCAGAAUGGAUAUAGUACCAGUGGAAAGCUCCCGCGUACAUCUCACUCCGAAACCCGGCGAAGACGGCUCCGAUUACAUAAAUGCCACGUGGAUGCAAGGAUUCAGCAGCCUCAGAGAGUUCAUUAUUACCCAACACCCCAUGAGGAAUACAGUUAAGGACUUUUGGCAGAUGGCUUGGGACCACAACGUGCAAACAAUUGUAAUGCUAAGUAUCGUCGAUAAUCAGGACUUCGAAGUAUUUUGGCCCACCGAACAUGAAAGUAUUGACGCUGAGAACUACAAAGUGAAACUGGCCAAAGAGGAAGCACAAACCAAUUACGUUACCAGAGAAUUCACAAUGCAAUCCCUUCAAGAUGAUUACGAGUUACAGGUUAAAAUGAUUCACUGCACAAAUUGGCCGAAUUCGCUACCGAACAUUGCCGAAUUUUUCCAAUUGCCGUACGUCGUUCAAGAUGUUAAAAGCCAGAAUGGACCUGUCGUUAUUGUGGAUAGAUUCGGUGGAUCUGAAGCUGGUAUCUUCUGCAGCCUCAGCACCAUGAGAAAGCAGCUCAUGUUCGAUAAUCACAUUGAUAUUUACAUGUACGUGAAGCUGUUCCAUAACAGGAGGCCCGGCAUCUGGAAUUCUUUGGAGGAGUACGUUAAACUACACUUGGCCAUGCAGACAUUGUGCACCCCACCGGAUGGAGGUCCUGACAUUUUCGUAGCUGCAAACGGGGCACUCAAUGGAUCCGUGAGCAGCGAGAACGUUCGUGUACCCCAUGAAGAAUCUCAUCUUAUACCAAUGGAAGUACUGAAGUUCCAUAAGUAAAUAAAAACGAUAUGCAAAAGAGAGAUCAA